AUGAACGACCUCCGAAAUAGUCUUUGCACUUACCCAGACUGGGGAUAUGUCAUCUAUCGCACUACCUACUCUGCUGAAUCAGACACUCUAUUCCCAGACUCUAUCAGUCACAUCGAGGCCUGUAUUAAGCAAGCAUUCUUCCAAGAAAACCAAGAUCCUAUAAAUAAGCCCAACCAAAUUUGGGCCAAACACCAAUCGACUAUCGUGCAAGAUCCCGCGCAAUUCAACGGGGCGUUUCUCGAGGCAAUUCGCGCUCAUUUUGAGGCCUGGGUGAACGCUCAAGGCAUGCGUGACGAUUGGACUAAAUGGCGAAUGUGUAUGAUUAUCGAUGAAGAAUCCCUGCAAACGCUGAAAGGUCUAUCAGUCGAGGCCGUUGAAAAUGAAAGGCUAAAGAAUUCCGAUGAUGAGCUACGAUAUGUAAAGGUUCUUGAAGCAUUCCCGUAUACGGAUCAGUAUGACAAAUUUCCGGGCUGGAUGAAAUGUUGGAUAUAUGCGCUCUGGGAUCUCUGGACGAUGAUGGGAGAUGGGGAUGAGAUGAGGCAGUUGUUUGACUGUAUUGAUGAUUUUCCAUUUGAGGGGGUGUACUGCGGAUGA